UCUUCAAGUAAUACAUAAUCAUCUUUGUUGUAGUAUUGCACUAUAAAAUCAUACUUAUGAUCCUCACAAACAAAGACUUUCGAUGCUAUACAUAACCAAACUCUUCCAAAAGGCUGAACUUAGAAGUAUUCUAAGUGCCGCACGAGAGUUCAAGAAUAACUCUGUGACAAGUGGUAUCAGAGCCGCAUCGGUUCACUGGGAUGGCAAACAAGAAAAGCAAGAAAGGAGCUACGAGCAAGAAAAUCGUCUCUAGCGAAGAAGAGACACACAGUCAUAACCAGAAUCAGCAAGAUGUUAAAGGCAUGUCUAUGGAUUUGGCCGGAUCCUUAGAUAAAAUGAAGACUAAUGUUGAAGCUUCGGUCACACAACUUGGAAAUCUUAUCAAUCGUUCCUUGGAAAAGAUAGAUGCGUUGGGAACAUUGCGAGAUGAGUUAAGAGGACUCAAUGGGGAUUUCACAACCACUAUCGACGUCAUACGCCUCGAGAUGUAAGCCAUGACCCAUGCGGAAAUCACAAGGCUGCAGAGUGAGGUAGACGAAAAGAUCCAAAACCUUCACAAAAACUUUGCUGAGUUAGAAGCAAAAAUGAAUGACACCAACAAGGCACAACCAGAAGCAUGUCCGGUCCAUGAAAGUAAGGCAUCUCAAUACUUUAAACACACAAAAUACUCCCAAAACACAUGAAAAACAUAACAUCAAAAAGCUCCCGAACAAGGGAAAGAAAAGAUCCACAACCGCAAAAUCAGAAAAGAAGUCGGAAGAAGGACUUCAACUCGUCAACAUGCUGGUAAACGGGAGACCCGUUAAGUCAUGUUGACAUAGGAGCAAGCCAUAACUUCGUCUUAGUAGAUGAAGCAAUAAGACUCGGUGUUCGAGUCACAAAACAAGACGCAAUGAUAAAGACCACCAAUGGACCCGUCCAACCAAUACUUGGGAUGACAUACGGUGUCAAAAUCACAAUCAGCAAAUGGAAAGGUAAGAUCGACCUUUUGGUAGUGCCCAUGAAAGAACACAAUUCCGUGCUUGGCCAUGAUUUCUUCUCAAAAGAAUCGGCCUUUCUUAUUCCAUUUGCAAACAAAUUUUGCAUCAUAGACGGAAACCAUGUUCACAAAAUGAAGACAGAGACAAGUACCACCGAUGGCCCACACCCUCGAUUACGAUAUGCAGGAAGUCGCUAUACCCACAGUCCAAGAAUACGUUGCGUAUUUCAGGUCGAAGACAACACCAGAAGCGCUGAUGAAGAAAGGCCUGGUCAGGAUUUGUAGUGAGGUUGACUCUUUCCUCACCGGAGAACUUCGCCAGAAGAUAAACGAAUGCAAGCGGAGGAGGAUGGAUCGCAGAGAAUUUACCAAGGAAGUGAAGAAGAUGACGAGGGCCAUGGACGUGAUAAAGUGGGGUUUGACUGACACCCCCUUGCCGCUCAGUUUUGAACGGCGGGUUUACCGUCGGAGGCUGGAUAGCCCGCCUGAGUUCACUCGGCAGGUUAGGAGCAGCAGCACUAUCCAUCGCGAAGGCCUUGUUUGGAGGCGGCGAAGAGGACAACAACAACAACAACCGCCCGUUGCUGCAGUGACUGGACCGGACCAGACGAGUUCGCCGUCGUCAGAUUGUGCGCCAUUGGGUUAGCCACAGAUGCCCAGAUUAGCUCUUUGGUGGUUCGGGGGUGGAUUGAACCGCUCUGCAAAUUGCUCUCACAGGGGAAUAGUCGGGAGGUCCUGCUGAUGAGUUUGUGUGCGCUGAAGAACAUGAUGAUUGUGGAUGGAUCAAAGACGCGUGAUGGAAUCGUCCACUCGGGUGUAUAGGACAUAAUAUCAGAGUUGUGUCGUCAUGAAGAUAAAGAGGUCUGUAAGCAGGCCUCUGCCCUCCUAAAAUAUUCUUACACUCUGCAUGCUAAUGGUGGAUAGGCGUCUCUCUGCCCUUUUUUGGCGUUUGGUGAACAGGUUUUUGCUUUUUGAAGUUGUAGUAAUAUAAUGAGUUGUUUUGGGUGACUUUUCUAAAAUAUAAGUAAACAUAUAACAAAUUAUGUUGAAA